AAAGGAGCUCAAGGUUUCUCUUUUCUUAGAGUCUUUACUGCUAUCCAAGUCACAUUUACAAAUUAUUAUUAUCACUUUAUCUUAAUCACUUAAGAUGCGUUUCUCUAUUACUACUCUUGCCUUAGCUAUAAGUGCUGUCGCCUCCCCAGUACCAGACAAGGAAGACUAUCUAGCAUCCCGCGAUGUUCUACAACAACUAAAGCCAAGAGCUUGCGUACAAAGAGACAGUUGGUGCAAUUGGAAGACAGUUUGCUGCUUCCCUAACGUAUGCAAAAGUAACCGGUGCGCGCCAAUGUUUAAAAAGCCGGUCCACCCUAUGCCACAUGAAUAGCUACAGUGUGCUAUAGGAUGCUAUACAGAGAGCAGCAUGUCACGAGCAGGUCAGGACAACCAACUGCGCUACAAAGCAAAAGCUUCAGUAAUGAUGCGCCUGCAUCAUUAUCUCCUGUUCUGCAAUAUAUAGUCACGUAACCGAUCGGGUCGUAACACAGCACAAGCGCUAGUAAAGUGUCAAAUGUGGCGGAAUUACACGGAAUGUCACGGAGAAACCACGGAGUAUUCGCCGUAGGUUCGCAGGAGGAUCGCCCUACUUCGGGGGUGAAAUAUGCCAAUUAGAGAGCCAGGAUUAAGUCAGGACUCUGUAUCUUAGACUCCGCCAGAAAUAGGGGUUAGAAGGG